GCACGGCGGCACCGAGGGCUGGUACGAGUGGGCGGCGCGGUCCCCGCCCGUGCACUGGGCCGAGGGCGGGCUGGCGGCGCUGCAGGAAGCCACCGGGAUGCCCUGCUGGGCCGCCAUCGCCGGCGGGGCCGCCUUGCUGCGCACCGCCGUGACCCUGCCGCUGGCCGCGCAGCAGGGGCGGCUGCUGGCUAAGCUGGAAAACCUGCAGCCUGAGAUUAAGGAGCUUGCCCAGCGCCUUCGCUAUGAAGUUUCAGUGCGUGGAAAGCAGCUGGGCUGGUCUGAAAAGGUGGCCAGGUCCCACUUUGCCCGGAACAUGCGGAGGAUUGUCACGGAGCUGUACAUCCGGGACAACUGCCACCCCUUCAAGGCCACCCUGCUGCUGUGGGUGCAGGUGCCCAUGUGGGUGUGCGUGUCCCUGGCUCUGCGCAACUGCAGCGUCGGUGCCCUGGGCUCUGAAGUGCAAGAACAGUUUUCCUCAGGAGGGGCACUGUGGUUCACAGACCUCACGGCACCUGAUUCCACGUGGAUUUUGCCAGUGUCCCUGGGGCUGGUGAAUUUGCUGGUGGUGGAGAUCUUUGCUUCCCAAACAAAAAUGCCAGUUUCACGGAUCCAGAGGCUUGUCACCAACUUCUUCCGCGCGGUGUCCGUGGUGAUGAUCCCUAUUGCUGCCACAGUGCCCUCUUCCAUGGCGCUGUACUGGCUGUCCUCGAGCCUGGUGGGACUGUCCCACAACCUCGUGCUGCGCUCUCCCGCCUUCCGCCGCCUGUGCCGCAUCCCCAGGACCCCGUCCCAGUCGGACACGCCCUACAGGGACAUGCUGGCUGCCUUGGCCACCAAGUACAGCUUCAGGAAACACCUCUGAGCUCCAGGAGGAGCUGCCUCAGCAGUGAAGUCAUGCUGUUCUAGUGAGAUGUACUUAUUUGCUGUAUAUUUAUUUUCCAAAUAAAACGCUGACUGGCCACGAGGAAGGAUUGGUCAGCAAAAAUGUGUCUUUACUGGGAAGCUUUGUUUCAAGGGGGUCCUUUUGCAGCUGCAAUAGUCCAGAAAUCCAGGUUGGUCUCCUGAAUUAUCAUAAGAAAGUGGCCAGGUGAGUGUUAAAUAAA